CAUUUCCUGUCAGUGGCUAGUCAGCCCAAAGCAUACAUAACAGAGAUGAAGAUAAAGUGAAAUGGCAAAGAAAAAUGAUAAGCAAUCUGGUUUAACUGAGAGUAAACAAAAGUGACCAAAAGAGAGAGACUCACUGAGUCAAUGAUCGAUUUACAGUAGAUUCGUACUAAAGUAGAAAAUCAAUCACUCCAAAUGAAGACAUUGAGGAGGACUUCAACGGAGAAGUUACUGAUCUCUUUCAUUAUCAUCCUAUCUGCUUCAACAAUUACUUCAUCUACAGACAGAAAGCAGAGCACUGUAAUAUCUCCUGAAGAAGGUAAUAUGCUUUUUUUGAGGCUAGUACUGAAGAAACAUAGUUGGUAAGUUUGGACCAAGUGCCAGCUUGUGCCCAGCUGAAGAAUGAGGGAUCCUGAAUGACUCACCCAUUCUUCCCUAAAGCAGUUCAAUUCUACUGGAAGAUUAAAGAGCUUUCUCUAUGAGGCACUGUCCUGGGCUUUAUGCAGAACAUGAAGUUAAUAUUUCACUACCUGUACUGGUGGAUACAACGGCUGAGCUCUAUUGCCCUCCUGUGCUGUGGACAACUGUGGUGGUAGCAACAUGGGAAAUAGUCCUCAGAGACAAGGCCCCCUGCUUCAGAGCCUACAGGGCUGAUACAAAUGAGACCACAUCAGGAAACUGUACUGAUGAGAGAAUAAUCUGGUCCUCCAGACUUGACCAGAAUCCUGCCCUUCAGAUUGGUCCAGUGGCCAUCACUCAUGAUGGGUAUUACAGGUGUCAAAAGGUAGCACCAAAUGGGAAUUUCCAUCGUGGCUAUCACCUCCAAGUAUUAGUACCCCCUGAGGUGACCCUGGUUCAAAGCGAGAAUGGAACUGUGGUAUGCAAGGCGGUCGCAGGGAAGCCGGCUGCUCAGAUUUCCUGGACCCCUGAGGGGGACUGUGUCACUGAGCAAAACCCUCACGGGGGCAAUGGCACAGUGACUGUCUGGAGUAUGUGCUACUGGAAGGCCCGUCAUGUACCUAAUGUGUCCUGCACUGUCUCCCACGUGACUGGCAACAAGAGUCUCUUCUUAGAGCUGAAUCAAGGUGCCGGAAUCCUGGGAUUUCCAGCAUCAUACCUGCUGAUCAUUCUGUAUGUGAAAUUCCCUCUUUUCUUGGUUAUCUUGGUCAUCGUGGGAUUCCUCUACUUCCAGAGAACAGGUGAUCGCAGGAAAGCUCUUUAAAGAAAAAUGAAGAGGUCCUCUUUUGCUUUUCCUUCUUACCUCCUGGAUUUCAACAUGGAUGUGAUGACUGGAAGUCCAGCAGCCACAUUUGGCCACAGGAACACUGAAGAUGGAAUCCACUUGCUAAGAUGGUAGAAAAGAAAGAUGGAAGGGUUCUGGACCUUGAUGACCACAGAGUUCCCGUACCAACCUUAGACUACCUACCUUAAACUUUGGCGUGAGCUAGGAUAAACAUUUUUUGUUCAUGGCACUGUUAUUUUUGGUUUUUGCUCCAUAUGCAGUUGAGCUUAAGCUGAUUGAGUUUGCCAAUUACAAGCUUUGCUCUCAGUCUUGCAACACGGGUUAUGCUUUAUUCAUGUGCAUUUUCAUGGCCUGUUUUUGUUCUUCCUCUAGUGAUUAUGAAGCAAAUAAUAUUUAAUUCAUGUGUAUGGCCAUGGUCUGUUUUCAUUCCUCCCUCAGAGAUAAUGAAAUAUAUGUAACUUCAGAAUAUAGUAAUCAUAGGUGUGAGAGCCAUCUCUAAGACAGUUCCAGAAGAAUUUCUGGUUAUAUAAACUCAAGGGAUGCUUGUGAUAGGAAAUGGCAUUUGGGGAUAUGCAAAGAUGAUCUAAUAGUCAGCCAGUCCCAAGGCAUGAAAGGGCAUGUCUGCAUUGUAGAAUUGGAAAGAUAAAGAUACUGUUGUGGGCUUGUAGAGAAUAUGUGAGCCCAAGAAACAGAGGAACUGAAAUACAUGGGACAUUACCUAUCAAAUCUUUUUCCAUGAAAAAGACUCCAUCAUUCCCUGAAGAGAUUUAUCUGAAUUCAUGCUUCUUAUCUGUUCCCUUCUUACUGCCAUGAUUUUCUGGGAAGAGUGAAAAGCUAAGCUACUCCCUCUCAACUUCCUACAAGUGCAUAAAGACAAAAAAACAUUUUUUUAAUUUUCUGAACACAUAUAUGUGUGCAUAUAUACAUAUAAGACAAAUUAAUUGUGGUCCUAAACUGAGGGAAAUUGGGAAUAACUUUUAUCAAAACACAAUUAAGAGCCACUAGAGGGUGCUUCAACUUAAUUUUUUUAACUAUUUCCAAGCAAGCUAAAAUCUGACCCCAGACAGUAAUCUUGCUCUUUUUUUUCUUUUAUCAUUCCAUACAACUGUCCCUCCAUUUACUAAUUCUUUACGUCUUCUUAGUUGUUAAUUCUGAAACAAUUACAGAAGAAAGGGAAAGUGGUUUAAAUUAACUUAAGGAGAAAAGUUUUUUGUUUUUUGCUUCCAAACUUGAAUUGCAUUACCACUGUCACUUAAUUUUAGCUGAAACAUUUUGUUUAUCAAACAAGAUAGAGGUUAAGUAUUAACAGUCUCAUCUCAGGGAAAGGGGAAAUGUGAGAAUCUCUUAGUGGUUAAUCAAAGUUAGUACUCACUUAUUUCUUAAACUGGGAAGUUGAGAUCACUCCAUUCCCUAAAAAACAAAUAGCUGCUUGUUAGCCUUAAUGGCAGCAGAUGGUCAGAGCUACAAAUAAAAUUAGCUGGCCUUUUCUACUUCCUGGGUCCAACCCUUAUCUCCUCCCCCAUCAUCCUUAAGAGGCACACAUGGUAUUUUAAAGCUAGAGGGAAGCUGCAGAUAAAGUAGGCCAACUUCCUCAUUUUACAAAAGAGGAAACUAACACUCAGAGUAAACUGACCACUGGGUGUUACCAAGAAGCCAGCUGGAAUGUGGACUUGCUUUGCUUGCUAAUGAGAGCACGCAUGAAGUGGGCUUUAUAGUUUGUUUGGUUUGGACUGAGACUUAGGGUUCAAGAGAGAAUUUACCAAAGCCUUCGAAAGGAUCCUAAGAUGAAAAAGUGAAACAACACAUGAAAUAUUCAUGACAUUUACUAUCUUCAAGGAAAGACUGAAUGUUAUCAUGGUUAACAAUUGUCACCACAUGCCAAGGACCUCACAUGCCAAGUACAUCACAUCUAAACUGAGAAACAAGUGCAAUGGAGAGAUUUUAAAAAUUGCUUGUUUAAAUCUUAUUAUAGUUUUUUCUACAAUCUGGAUGUAAGAAAAGAGGCAUGAGAGGAAAAUUUGUCUGUUUAGGGAAAUAUACCAACAGUUUAGACAAAUAUACCAACAGUUUAGACAGAGAAGAGGGCUCAGGUUGUAGAAUGCACUGGAAAUAGCAAAAUAAAGGGAAAUAAAAUGAUCAGCAAAACUUAAAAAGUUUUCUUUCUGGGUUCUAGUAAGAGGAAUUUUGGAAGCUCUUGAGGAAUAAAUAGAAACAGAGUAGGCCUUUGCUACAAAAGCUCUUGAGAAAUAAAAGAAGAAAUAGAAUAGGCCUUUACUACAAAAAGAAUUGGUGUGUCAUAAAUUCUCUAUGAGGGGGUAGCUAAAGAAUAUUAGAAUUAAAGAUGCCUCUCUGUUAAUAUUUAGUUAAAAACUGUUAGACACAAUUGCAUGAUUAAUGGUGAUUUAGAAAUGAAGGAAGAGGAAACUCUGCCCACAUUUGGGGGGAACAGAACAAAGAGUGCAUAGUUGGCAGGCCUGGUGAUGAGAAAACAAGGAUGGCCAAAAAUUAGUUGGAAUUAGCAGUUUAGGGAGAGAGAUGACAAGAAGUCAGCAGAGGAAGGCAUGCACACCACUAGGCAUUUUCAAAAAGCUGGGGAGGGUGUUGCAGUUCCCCAAAUUACACUGGCCAGAGAUUCAGUUAUUUUAUUUGGCCAUUAAAGGAAAAAGAUUUUUCCAGAAGACUGGAACUCUUAGGGACCAUCGGGAACUGCAAGGAUGCUUAGGAAAAGAAGCUCACAGUCGACCAGCAGAAUUACUCCUUGAACUCCAAACACUUAACUAUAUUAUGUUCUGAUAAUAAGGAGAACUCCAUAAUCUCUGAAGGUCCUGGCUAGAUCUAGAAGUUGGCAUUCUCCUGCCUUCUUCCCAGUGACCUGUAGCUUAGAAUUUUCUGGACUAGAAGAAAGAAAGAAAUAGGAAGACUCAGAAAUUCUUAAAUUUCUAGACUUUUCUCUUUUUAGGGCACUGCAAGCUCUCUGCAUUCCUAAAUAGCCACAAUAGGUCAUAAAGAUGGUAUAGCAGAUGUGCCCAGGAUCUGUGUGUAACCAGGCCCAGUGAGAGUCAGAGUCCACAGUGUUCAGAUGGGAAGCAGUUCCCUCUGCUAUUUUUCUCUCUUAGAUUUGUGUCCACCUGUACUUCCUGGGUAGAAAGCUGAGCAUUUCCUUCUCAGUGCUGGCCAUAUGUCUACACUGAGAGCUGUAGUUCUGUCUAUUGCUAGCUUCCCACAUAUCUCUAGACACAAUUUAUACCUGAAAUGGUAUUGAAGGGCCAGAGGACCCCCAAAUUACAUUGUGGGGGUGGAAUGGAAUCUUUGCCAGAAGAGGACAGCAUAUCUCUCUAAAUUCCAAGGGGUGGUAUUUCUGUGGAUUGGAUGGAUGGAUAGAGAAAUCAUGGGAAAAACACAGUCAAGUCCUGGAAGCAGGGUCCAAAGGGCUAGGAUCUCCAAGGGUUUAUUUAAAUUGCUUUGCUAAGGCUACCUAUAGCACUCACUUUGAUGUAUUCUGAGUAAAUUAAUUCCUUCAUUCAUUAAAUGUUCAUUAAUUACUUGAUAUUUGUCAGCCAUUACACUAAGCUCUAAAAAUAAGUAAGUAAAAUGUGAAUCGAAUAUUAAAUAAAAUAUGAUCCUUAAAGAUUUCAUGGUUGGGAGUUCCUGUUGUGGCACAGUGGAAACGAAUCCGACUAGGAACCAUGAGGUUGCGGCUUCAAUUCCUGGCCUUGAUCAGUGGGUUAAGGAUCCUGCGUUGCCGUGAGCUGUUGUGUAGGUCACAGAUGUGGCUCAGAUCCCGCGUUGCUGUGGCUCUGGUGUAGGCUGGCAGUUGUAGCCCCAAUUCGAUCCCUAGCCUGGGAACUUUCAUAUGCCUGCCACAAGUGUGGCCCUAAAAAUAUAAAAGACCAAAAAAAAAAAAAAGAUUUCACAGUGAAGAAGAUAGGCAAAUAAGCAGAUCACUAAAAUCCAGUAUUGAUGUAUUAAAAAAGGUAUAUACCUUUAGCAAUCAAAGGAAGGAAUACUCAGUUCUUACUGAAGAUGUGGCUUGUAGUUAAGGAAAAGCAUUGGGUACAUUAUGAGGCUUUCAGCUGCAAGAAACAAAGUAGGACUCUGACAGUUAAUAAGGUCAUUUACUAUUUUACAUAAGAAGGCAUCCAGAAGUAGGGCCAACUUCAAGUCUGGUUGUUUCAAUGGCUUUACAAAGCCUUCAAGACUGGAUUUUAUCCUUUCUCUGCUCUGCUAUCAUCAGUGUCAGUGUUUGCUUCAUCCUCAAGCUGGACGUGAGUAGGUAGCAGCCAUCCCAAGGCUGUAGCCAGACACAGCAUGCCCAGAGGAAGAAGCCUGACCAUUUCUUCCCCAAACCCAUUUCUUCCUCUGAAGAGUGAGGACCAAGAGCCCCCAUAGGCUUCCUCUCUUGUCUGAUUGGUCAAAGUCACAGAUACAAUCUCUAGCAAAGGGGCUGAGAUUAUGCUUACACUAAUUAGGCCUUUCAUAGAGCUGGGCUAAGGUCAGUGCCUUUCACCAAGCAUUCACCCUGGUGGGAGGGAGUGACUAGAGACCUGACCAAAUUAGGGACUCUGUUAAGAAAGCAGAACUUGAGAAUGCAUGUGAAGCCUGGAUGAAGAUGAUAAUGGUCAAACUGAGUCCUAAAAUAUGCAGAGGAAUGCUACAGGUAGACAAGGGCAGGGAAGAGAAGACAUCAUGGAUAAAGGCAGGGAGCUGUGACAGGGUGUGUCUC